GCAUUCCACUACAUGGACUGGAUUCACCGUUUGUACACAAAGGCAGGUGCACCGACAAGUGGCCUUUGUGUCCUUUGUUACGAGAUAUGACUAUCCGUGGACAUACAGCAGAAAACACGUUGUCGAAGUUCGUUUGUUCUCGUGCAUGUAAGUCCUGUCAACGCAUGCCCCACAAAACAUUCUUCGCUUGAAACAAGGAACUAAUGCUACCCUGUACAUGUGUUUUAUUUCUUCAUGCCUGUACAUACAUGCUGUACGCCCGUGCGGAAUUCAACUUUCAAAGACUAAGGUUUUUUUUCCCAGUUUGUCACAUGUUCAGUUGUUGGCGACUUGCUUCUUUGGCUAGACCAUCAACAGCGGUUAUUCGUGCAAAGUUAUGUAUGAAAUCGAAGUAAACCAGAACUGUCAAAUGCGAAGUCCGGAAGGAGAAAUGAUGAAUCGAGAAGUGAACACAUCCGACUAUAAGAUGGACGUCCCUGCCAUGCCCUCGUCAGGAGAGUGUCAUGACGACAACGUCACUCCUUCAGUAACUACUUGUCAACCUGCUAGCGGAGAUGACCAAGAGUUGGGUGUGAAUGGCACACGAGUCCGCAGGCGAAACGGUACUGUGCAUUCACACAAGCCGAGCCACCGAGGCAAGACCCCCCAAGACCUGACCACGCCCCUAAAGAAGUGGCUGUACGAGAACAGAGGCAACCCGUACCCGACCAAGCAAGAGAAAGUCGCUCUGGCCGUGGACUCUGAGAUGACGCUGAUUCAGGUGACGAAUUGGUUCGCCAAUGCCAGAAGACGGCUCAAGAACACCGUGCGUAAACCUGGCCUAACCUGGAGCAAGAGAAUCAAGCUGUUUAACAAGCAUGCAUCAGACACCUCGGACAGGCUGCUUGGGGAUGGUCCUAGCAAAGACGACACAGAAAACCAUGGCCUGCCGAACCUUCACGUCAGUACUCCAGUCGUGAUGCCUGGGUGGGGUUACAACCACAGUUGGCCCAUUGCGCCCUCUACGUUGGAAAAUGGAGAAGCACGUCUUGAGGUUCCGCCUCCGCCAUCACCGACGUAUUUCCCCGAGACAUCGAAUUCGCCCAAGUUCAAGCAGACUAUCCUCCACAGAUACCUCAGCGAUUCCAUUGAGCACCAACGAAACGGAUACCAACCUCAAACACACCGGUUUGCCAACGAGAGGACGCCGCCAUCGGUGAGGUGUUGCGAGUCUGGCUCUACGAGUUCUUAUGAUCACGAAGACGCGUUCUCCUGCUCGCCUAACAGCAUCGGAAGUGACGGAAACCAGACGGCAUUUCAAGAUGGGUGCGCCCUCUAUGCUGAUUAUGGACAAAGCUAUGACAUGCAGGGACAAGGCAGAUGGAGCAGUCAACAUGCAGAUGUCAGUUAUAAGACCACUGACGCAGAGGAGAUUUACUGGAAAGAGAUCAUCGCUGCUGUGGUACUGACCAACAUGGCCCGAGCAAAGCUACAGCAGCGGCCUCUCUAAAGGUGGAUCUGAGUCUGGCGAGAAUCUGCGGCAUCCAUCGCAAAAUGGCGAAAAGCGGCUAGGCCGCUCAUUGUAUAUACAUGUACAUGUAAAUAUAUCUUUGUUAAUUUAUAUCGGUAUUUUUCUACCAAGUUGUAUUCUUUACUCAAUAGAUAAGAUAGCAAAGUGAGCUGUCUAUAAGAUCUUUUCGCGCUUGUUAAGACAUUUUUGGCGUAACUUUGUGAACAGCGCAGGACAAUCUGCCAAAAUAAUUUUGCGCUGGAUUAGGCUAUUGUACAAAGCAAAUCCUUUGCUGUGGUGAGGACACCCAUCACAGUGGAGAUUUUGCUUACAAUUAAAAUGACUGUCAUGAUUUCGCAUCUUGAUAUACAUCUUCGAACCCAACCGUUAUUACAUCGCGAAACUGUGACUUAUGUAUCAUAUCUAAACAAGUCUCUCAAGUAGCCGUAUUUGAUCAAGCCCUUUGCAAGAGGAGGCCCUCUGUUGGCCAAUGAAUAGUAGAGCGUACCAUCUUCACUUCUUGUUAGGUCUAUUAUAGGUUUGUCAUCGGAACAUCAUCUGUUUCUGCAUUUUGUCUUGUCAAGACGACCGUGCAUAUUGCGGUAAUAUGACCCUCGGCAAUUCCGAACAACCAAUAUUGGUCCUUGCGCACGUGAAGUGGUAGGGUCCAGUUACAGUCAGGGAACGAUUGCAAACAUCGAAGUUGUGAUUAUGAUGGGGCAUUCUGGUCUAUUCUUGGACGAUAUAGAAUCCACACUGCAUUCGGAUGUCUAACUUCAAUAGCCAUAUUUCUUCUAAUCUUCUACUUAAAUUGUGUUCAACAACUGAUCGUUGUUCGUAGAAUUUUGUGUCCUGCAAAGUAUCCUCAAUAUGAACAACUGUAAAUAUGGUUUCUGCAGGCUUCAGAGAACUACAAGAUUUGUUUUAUGUUUGAAGAUAGCUUUUUGUAUAUUAUUUUAAAUAUUUUGGUGUGGUUUCUUUAUUUCGAUCGAAAUACAUGAAUAAAAAAGCUUCGGGGAUUUAUAAUAGCUGAAUAAAUGAAAGGAUUUGAUGAUUGUUAA